AUGUCUUCCAACCGACAGCCUGGUCUCGAGGCCCCUGCUCAGAGCUUCGUAUCGCAAUUGUGCUUGCUGCUCUGCGGCAUAAGCCUAAAAAUCAAUCCAUACGUGCUUGAUUUACAGAACAAGUUUCAGUUGCCCAAAGCUCCGCCACGAGAAGGAGAAGCCUGGCGAGAGCGCGCUGUGGCACUCGAGAAACAGCUAGAGGAACUACAGGUGAAGUACGACAGCGAGCACAUAGGCAAGUCUUGCCUUGGCGGAGAUUUCCUCGCAACUGACGAAAGAGACAGACGGAAAGAAGAAGAACCGAAGAAGAAAGGGGCCCGCCCCGUCGAGUCUGCAGCCGCCCCGCAGGCCAUUGCUCACCCGAAAGUCGUCUUGCGGAGCAUCCUGGACCCCUCACAGAUCGACAUAGUCCUCCCUGCCCUGCCCUCCACGACGCACGUCCUGCGCGCCUUCGAGACCCUCGAUAGGCUUCUCUUCCUCCAGUCAAGCAACAGCUCCUCGGGCAAUGACCUUCCUAACCUGCUUCUCGCGACGACCAAGCGCGCCAUAGACGCACUGGGCGACAACCUCGCGCGGCUGCUCCCGCCAAAUGCCGUAUCGCCCUCUGCUGCCGACGCCUUGGAUGCCCUGGGGACGCUCGCGGAACGCCUGAUUAUCACCGUGCUGCCGCUGUUCAAAGUUGGACCUGACCGCAAGCAGAAGAGGAAGGCGGGUGCUCUUGCUCCUGAAUGGAACUACGCUGCGCUGGAUGAAAUUCUCGGGCGGAUAGCAACCGUGCUCCUCCUGCCUCUCGUUCGAUCAUUCGCGCCGCUGUCGACCAGUUUUCUGUCGGCCCUGCUGCUAGCUCCGAAUAGCAAGAAAAGGGGGAGAAAAAGUGCGGCAGAGACUCGUGCCAGUGGGGUCUCGGGACAGAGCGACGUUCGUCCAGACGUAUUUGCCAUGCUUGACAGAAUCGUAACAACACUGGAAUCCCUAUCCGCCUCCGCGCUCGUCGGGGCUGCGCCCAUCGUACGAAGGAUCAAGCAUGUUGUGGUCUUCGAGGCCGCCCGGGAACUCCUCGACCUAUACACGGACAGCCGCCCGGCCGGCGCGGACACGAGCACCCACGCCGCCAACCGCUCCCAGUACAACAACUCUGCAAGCUCCGGGUCCAGGGAGACGCGCGCCGCGAAGGAGAAGGCGACCGCGACCGCGAAGACGCAUCGGGCGGGCCGCGUGGGCAGGCUCGCGAGGAAGGACGCGCUGUGGUACCUGUGCAACGCCCUGCAGCGCGUGCUGCCCCUGGGCGUACAACCGAGGAUGAGUACGUAUGCCAGUCCGACGGCCGGGGGCGAGCAAGAGCAGGCCGAGCUCCUCGAGGAGACCCUCUACGGGAUGCUGGCACGCCUCCUGCGGACGCCACCGCCCUCGCACGCGCAGCCACGACCACGAGCUCGCAUCCCCAUUCACGCGGGCGCGCACUGUCCCGCGCCACCCGGCGAGGAAGAGGGUGCAAAGGAGCCGGACGCGGAAGCAAGUGCAGAAGCAUUGGCGGGGACGCCCGGCCGUCACGGUGAACAUGAACCAUCUCCCGGGCGCCCGCGUUACGAGAGGGCGACGGCAUUGGGCGAGGUCGAGCGCGGGAUGGUGCUCGCGGUGGUCGAGCGCGCCUGGCUGGGGCUCGGAGGGUGA